AUGGCCGCCACCCGUACUUACUUCGCGAGAUACCCUCACGUCUGGCACGAUCGCUCCACUCGUCCGAGACUCACUACCAUGAGUCUCGAAACGAUCGAUGAGUCUCUCGAGGAAGUCGAUGCUCUCAACACAGAGCAAGUCAAGACCAUGCUCCAAUCAGCCUCCAGGGCCGAAGCCAUCACCAAGGCCCUAUUCGAGCAGGUAAACGCUCCCGACAAGCCCGGAGAGAAGGAAACGGAGGAGGAAGAGUCUCACUCUUCUGCUGCAACCGACGUCGCGAUUUCAGGAUCCAAUGGCCCUUCUACUUGGCCACCCACCACACCCGGCUGCAUAGACUGUAAUCUGUCCCCCUCUCCCAGCCACAACCACAGCAACAACAUCGGCUGGACCUCCUUCGAAGACAUCAACCUAGACGCCCGCACUCUCGCAGAAUACGGCAUCCGCAGCCCCCGCGUCAAAUCGCGCCGCUCCCGCUUCCACUAUGCCGACCACGAAGAAGAACACCUCACCCGUAAUGAGCCCUGGAUCAAGAGGUUCUCGUACCUCGAAGACGGUAUGGAGGCCGCGAGAGGGUUCCAGAGACGUGCGGACAUGGUUGUUGAUGUGGGCAACGUCAACGUUGGAGGCCUUCCAGCCGAAGCGGAGAUUGAGGAGUUGGUUCUCCCGCCGCCUAUACUGCCGCUGCCGCAGAAGACACCGGCACCGGUAGCGGCUCCUCAUCUCGAGGAGGAGUUGGAGCGGUGGUCUUUGGAUGUCAGUACCGCCGCGAAAGAGGAUGAAGUAGAGGGUGAGAUUACUCCGGAGGAGCAUCUCUGCCUCUUCUGCCCCUCCGUCGUUGAGUCUGAAAGUGAAGAGGACUCGGAGUACAGCGAGGCCGACGAGGAGAUUCGGCAAGAGCUGGAGGCGGUGAAUUGGGACUUCGAGCAGUGGGCUCUGGGUGGCGAGAGUUCCGACACAGACGGCGAGGAGGCCACCGCCUCUACUGCCGCUGCGCCUGCCGCUCCCGCCGGACGGUGCGGAGGAUUGGCCGCAGCGGAGACUGCGGAAAUAGAGGGGGCGGAGGCGGAGGAGGAGGAGAAGAAGAAGGAAGACCCGGUGCUCAGUGCGGCUCUGUUGGCGAAUUUCGCCGGAAUCUCCUUCCUGAUCGCGAGUAUCGGGUUCGGACUCUAG